AUGGAGAGACCCGAGCAGGUUGAAGAGAAAAAGACCGCUGCGGCGCUGGAGGAGGUAGAAAACACCACUCUCCGAGUGGUGACUGGCAGUGGCGCAUUCAAUGAGGCCCUGAUACAGGAGCCCCCUAUCCUGAGCCACCCAACCACCAUCCUACUGUGCCUCUGCCUACUGGUCGGCUUCUUUUGUCAGACUAUGAACGGAUUCGACGGUUCGCUAUUCAGCGGUCUCCUCGCCAACACCGUCUUCCUCGACCACUUCCACGGCAGCGAUUCGGGAAUCUGGGCAGGCAUCGUCUCUGCCAUGUACCAGAUCGGCGGUGUCAGUGCACUCCCCUUUGUCGGUCCUGCAAUCGACACCUGGGGCCGCCGUGUCGGCAUGUUCCUAGGCAGUCUUUUGAUUGUCCUCGGUACGAUCGUGUGCGGUCUCACCAUCACCAAUGCCAGCGUCGGUCAAUUCAUGGGAGGACGCUUCAUGCUUGGUUUCGGCGUCUCCAUCGCCGCUGCUGCAGGCCCUAUCUACGUCGUUGAGACCGUCCACCCAGCUUAUCGGGGUAUGGUGACUGGUUACUGCAAUACUUUCUGGUUUGUCGGUUCGAUUCUUUCGUCUGGUGCUGUCCGUGGUGCGAUUACUCUUGACACCAACCAAUCCUGGCAAAUUCCGAUCUGGUUGCAGAUGGUCUUUGCUGGGCUCGUUAUCGUAUUUUGCUGGAUGAUUCCAGAGUCUCCUCGUUGGUUGUAUGUUCACGGAAAAAGAGAGAAAGCUAUUGAAACUAUGACAAAGUGGCAUGGAUACGGAAACCGUGAUUCUCUAUGGGUCAAACUCCAAAUUUCUGAAUAUGAGACGCAUCUGAACGUCGAUGGCUCUGACAAAAAAUUCUGGGACUACCGCAGUUUGUUCAACCGCCGAAGCAAUUUCUAUCGUCUCGCCUGCAACUGUGCCUUUUCUAUCUUUGCACAAUGGGCUGGUAAUGGCGUUCUUACCUAUUACCUGGUCCCAGCCCUUAAGGGAGCCGGAUUCACCUCCGACGUCACUCAAGCCAACAUUAAUCUCGGAUACUCGUGCUUCCAAUUCUUCUUUGCUCUCUGCGGUGCUGCCUUUGUCGACAGACUGGGUCGUCGCCCCAUGAUGCUGAGCGGUAUGGCUGGUUGCUGUCUGGUGUGGGUAGCAGUCCUAGCUGCCUCAAGCCAGGUAUACGACUCCAGCGGCGUGCUCAACCACUCUGCAUCCAAUGCUACGCUUGGCUUUAUCUUCAUUUUUGGUGGAGUCUUUUCCUUCUGCCUUACUCCACUGCAGGCCUUGUAUCCGGUCGAAGUUCUGUCGUACGAAAUGCGUGCCAAGGGCAUGGCCUUUUCCUCGCUUGCUGUCAAUGCUGCCGGUCUUCUCAAUCAGUUUGCUUGGCCGGUGGCUCUCGCCAAGAUUGGUUGGAAGACUUACAUCAUCUUCGUGGUUUGGGAUGCUAUUCAGACGGUCAUUAUGUAUUUUUUCCUUCCAGAAACCAAGAAUCGAACACUCGAGGAACUUGACCAGAUCUUUGAAGCGCGCAACCCAGUGAAAGCGUCCAUUCGGGGUACCGAGAUUGCAGUGGAUGAGGAUAAGCGUGUAGUGGCUAUCAAGGAUGAAGCCUAG